AGACCCAGCAGUGCUUGCACCAGUGUCUUGACUUCCUGUGUUUGGUCAGGAUGUGGUUCUCUAUACACACAUAGAGGAAGACUCACAGCAUCGACACACGAUGGAGAUCACAUCGCUCUGCCUAAUGCUCUGUUUCACCCCCCUUGCAGCCACACUGACCAUCACUCCCAACAGAUCUCAGUUCUUUCAGUAUGACAGAAUCUCUAUGAGGUGUCCGGUGCAGGAAAACUCCAGCGGUUGGACAGUGAAAAGAACUACCUCACUGAAGUCGUUUGUGGCAUGCACAGUCUGGGGGAAACCAGGUGAGUCCUCCUGUACCAUUGAUGAUGCCUUGCCAUCUGACACCGGAGUGUACUGGUGUGAGUCUGAGCAGAGGGAGUACAGCAACAGCAUCAACAUCACAGUGACAGAUGGUGUUGUGAUACUGGAGAGCCCUUCACUUCCUGUGGCAGUGGGAGAUAAAGUGACACUUCGCUGUUCCUACAAGGAAAAAGUCCAAGAUAAGUCUACUUCAGAUUUCUCUGCUACAUUCUACAGAGCUAAUGUUUUCAUCGGUACUGAGAGAGGAGAGAUGAUCCUUAAAUCGGUGUCCAAAUCUGACGAAGGUUUCUACGAGUGUGAACACCCCGGAAAAGGAAAGUCAAAGCGGAGCUGGCUGGCUGUGAGAGCUCAGCCUACAAGUUUUUCUCCUUCUCCUCCUCCUCCUCCUCCUCCUCCUUCUCCUCCUCUGAUGUCUCUGCCCGACCUGGUGUGUACCAUCCUGCUGUUCAUCCUCUACAAUGCCAUACUCAUCUUCUGUGUAUACACGUACAGAAGGUGGGCUCGAGCUCGAGCUAAUGCUAAAAGGGGAGCUGCAGGAAUCUGAUCAUGUCCUACUGGAAUAACAAGGAGAAGAAGAAGAGGAGGAGGAGGAGCUACAAUUUGUGACAUUGAACAACCUGUUUGUACAGUAUUUUGGCCAAUAUGACGGGGAAAAGGCAGUAUUCAUUUUCAUAUAUAUUAUUUAAUACAUGUUGUAUUUGCUUAUUUGUAUUAUGUCUUAGCUACAUGUUGCUUCCAUGGUUUAUGUAAAGAUCCCCUCCAGAUGUGCAUUAAUAUACAAAUAGUCUGCUUGGAACAAUAAAGUGUCUCUGAUGUGUUUUUAUCCAUAAAAAGAAAAUAAUUUCCACAUGAAAAUCAUUAAAAAGACUUCUACAUCA